GGGAAACACAUAAGUGCCAAUUCAUCCUGACUGUUGAGCAGUCGUUCAUAGACUUUAAGAAGGCAGGAAAACUGUCUCUUUUUGGUGGGCCACCCCAUCCCCCUGCAUCACCAUGUCCAAGUACCUGAGGCAUUUCACCACGGUGGGUGACGACCACACAGCCCAGUGGCAGGAUGAGAAGCUACAUGAAGCUAGUGAGGAGCUGGGACCAGCCACAGGACAGAUGCCCCAGGGGGAACUCUCCUUCAGAGACUCCCUGAAGAUGCUCUACAGCUCCGACAAAUUCCAGAUAGUUGUGGUGUGCCUGGUCGUCCUGGAUGCCAUCUUUGUGCUGGUCGAGCUACUGAUUGACCUAACAAUCAUCAAUUUGGAGCAUGGACACAUUGCCCCUCAGGUGUUCCACUACCUGAGUCUGGCUCUUCUCACCUUCUUCAUGGUGGAGCUGGCUGGGAAGCUCUUUGCUUACCAGCUGGAGUUCUUCCAUCACAAGUUUGAGGUAUUUGACGGGCUGAUAGUGAUUGUGUCCUUCAUCUUGGACAUUGUGUAUAUCGCCAGUGAAGAUGCCUUCGACGGCACGGGCCUCCUGAUCCUCCUCAGGCUCUGGAGGGUGGCCAGGAUAGUCAACGGUAUCCUGGUGUCUGUGAAGGCAAGGGCCGAUCACAAAGUUCACAAACUGAAGGAGAGCAAUGAUCAACUGGUCCAGCAAGUUAGCGAGCUACAAGAGCGCAGCGGCAAGGCGGAACAAGAGAACAGUAAACUGCGGGCUCUCCUGCGACAGCAUGACAUUGAGUACUGAUGCAGGAAGAGGAACAAGAUGCCAUUUUCAUUAUCCACUUCUAAAGUUUUAUUGGAAUUGAUCAAUAAACAAGGGCAUAUUCUGAAAAGUGUUGACCAUCCAUACACCAUUUGUGUCAGUAAUUCCACCAUGAGAGGAGCUUACACUGCCCAGAUAGAUACUAGCCUGGUCCCAAAUCUGUUUGUACUCUUGCCAACUCAAUUGCUAUCAUUGUCAAACCAAACAUUUGGCAUGACAAUGAAUGACAAGGAGUUGGUAAUAUAGCACAAAGACUGGCACUUAGGCUAGAUAGAUUCCACAUGAUUAGGUCAACCUUCCAACCAUUAUCUGCAUAUUUAAGCAGAUUAUAAAAGCUGAUCAGACUUCAUAUGCCAGUAUCUCACAAUGCAAUGAGCAUACGUCUUAUUUGAUAUAUAUAUAUGUGCUAUGCCUUUAUUCAGCUAAGCAAUGAAUUGACAGCUAAUAUUUUGUACAUAAGAUCCUGUAAUGAAUUUGUUGCAUCUUGCUGUUUUUCUGAAUACCCAUUGCUUGCUAUGCAAAGACAAUACAAGUAUGAAUCACUGUGAAAGUAUUAUUAAAUGUUGCUUUAUUGAUUUUUUUUAAUACUCUCUCAUUUGAUCUAAACUACAGUAUGUACAAAUAAAUAAAAGGUUGUUGCUAACAGCAGCUGAGUAGCAUCAGA